AUGAAAUACUUCGUUUGCAUCUUACUUUUCGCCAUCAUCGCUGCCGCGUCAGCCGGCUACAUCGGCUCAGGCUGGUCUGCGCCUUCCUAUGGUUACUCUGCACCACUUGUGUACUCGAGAGGCUGGGGUAGCCCCUACUACAAUAGCUACUCUGGUUAUUCUGGAUGGGGUAACAACGGCUGGGGUAACAACGGCUGGGGCCACAACUUGGGCUACAACGCUUGGUAA